CUGAGCAUAGAGGUUUUCUGCUUGUCGGAAAUGACGCAUUGUUGAUUUGAUGUGAAAGGUCACGAAAAUCUUCUCAACUUCCUUUCUUGCUAGCGGUGGCCACAGAAUAGCACCAGUGAGUGAAUUUCUCAACGAAAUAAUCUUCAACCAUCGUCAAAAAUCCGGACAUUUACAUACUUCUUAGUUGUUUUGUACCCUAAAGUAUACGUUUAAGAACCGAUUUGUUUGAUAAUUUCCCUUAAUUUGGCAUUUAUAUUGGGAAAACGGGUACGUUUAUAUAGUGUCAGCUAUCCAUAUCACUAGCGUUUCAACAUGGCAGCUUCCUUGAUAAGGUUCAUGUCGAUUCAAAACCAACAACGUUCGGUUAUGUAAAUUAUUUAAUCGGAUAACCACAGUGUACUCGGUUAAUGGCGUUCGGUUGCCUGUUUAAAUGUAAUUGCAUGAAAGUAUGCCAAAUCUCGCCCGAAUGGUAACGUUAAGAUAGCUAGCUAAAUAAACAGUGAUGGCUGUGUAGCCAACGUUAGCUAACACUAGCUAGCACCCACUUUAGUCACGACCUCAUGUAAUCUAACGUUUAAUAAAAUACUGUUUUUCGUUACAUGACUUUGCUAACUAGGUCAUGCAAUCGCGUGCAGUCACUGGUCAUCGGGUGUCCAAGCUGACGCAGUUAACUUAGCUAAUAGCAUGUAGUUGACCAACAUCCUACUGAUAUCUAGAGGCAGUGAAUAUUGUCCCACAUUGACCUGUCCAUGGCGUCUUGUCUUAGUAAUAAUGCUCGUCUUUGUUACUGUCACUUCUCUUGUCUCCCAGAGAUGGGCAAGUUCAUGAAACCUGGGAAGGUGGUGAUGGUCCUUGCUGGGCGCUACGCUGGGCGUAAAGCUGUUAUCGUCAAGGUAAGUUUGAUCCUGAGCUAUUGCUAAACGUGCAUAUUUCACAUCCAGUUUGAUUAACUACUGUGUUUGCUUGGAUAAUCAUCUAGAUCAUAAAGAGCAUCCCCUUAUUUGCAAUGUGGUCCAUAAACACUGGUAACUGAACAGCUAGUUAUAUGUUAAUUCUCUCCCUACAGAACAUUGAUGAUGGCACCUCCGAUCGCCCCUACAGUCACGCACUGGUCUCAGGCAUCGACCGCUACCCCCGCAAAGUGACCACAACCAUGGGCAAGAAGAAGGUCGCCAAGAGGUCCAAGAUCAAGGCCUUCGUAAAGGUGUACAACUACAAUCACCUCAUGCCCACCAGGUCAGUGCCAGGUGUAUAGGAAUAUAGGAUGGGAGUAAUGGUUGUUUAGGUGGCUACCUGCUGACAUGAGACUAAACUGGAGGUGACUAGCAGUAUUGCAUCCAUGCAAUAUGUCUAUAUUUUGAUGGAAUUCUGGCAGUGACCAAACUGGCAGGGAUCUAUUAAGUAGGAUGCAGUAUCAAGGAAUGUAUAGAUUGUGUACUGAAUGGACCCUAUUCUGUUGGAUGCGGUGAACUACCCUUUCACACUCCUAAGCCAUGUUGUACUGAACUGGCCAGGUUAUGCAUCCAUAUCCACCAUAGUUGCAGCAGCUGUGCUGGAAAGAACAAUCUGAGCCAGCAAAGUACAGUUUGGGUCAGCACGCUAGUGUGAAGGCUAUAGCUGUUCAACCCAUCUAAUCUCGGCUUGCAUCAAUCAGAUUUUGUCCCUACUUAGUAAACUUGGUAGGUGGCUUGGUUUGAUUUUCAUUCUUGGAAUGUUCCGAGUAGUUUAUGGGGAUAUUUUAUCCACUUGUGUUCCUGUCCUUUAUAGAAAAUUGACGUAGGGAUCUUGCUAAGUCUCUUGCUGUGUUCUCCCUGUGCUCAGAUACUCUGUGGACAUUCCUCUGGACAAAACUGUCGUCAACAAGGAUGUCUUCAGAGACCCUGCCCUGAAACGCAAAGCCAGACGGGAGGCCAAGAUUAAGUUUGAGGAGAGGUGAGUCUUUUCCCACACCAGGAACCAGACCUUGUGAGAAAUGCACUGGUUCCUUGUCCUGAUAAUAUCUGAUACAUGAUGCAAGUAGCUUAACUACUAUAGGAUAAUUAAAUGUCACAGGCUUUGUCUUUUUCAUCUCCAUUGACAACAUUUUCUGAAAUGUUUUUUAUUUCUAUCCACAGGUACAAGACAGGCAAGAACAAAUGGUUCUUCCAGAAGCUUAGAUUCUAGGCGUUCAUUGGUUUCACUAAUAAAUGUAUAAGAAAAUGUAUA